CAUUCCUUGUUGUCACACGGCUGCACGGAUCGUCAGUGUAGCGCUUUGUUCAAAUUCUACUUUGCUAUUGUCCUUAACUCUAAUCGCAGAAUACACCCAAAUUUUUAAAUAUUUGUGUGGAUGUUAAAGAAAAAUCAAACGAAAAUGUUGAAGUUUAAAGUGAUGACACGAAUAAGUACAUAAGCAAAGAUUUGUAUCCGAUUUCUCAUCCAAAGUUGUUUGACGGACUGUUUUACAAAUACAAUAGCGUUAGAAAAUCAUUCUUCCUAAUUCAGAAUAGUAUAAAAUACGAAAAUAUGGAUAAACCUUAUCUGUUUCCUGCAGGAUGUGAGGAAACGAGGUGUAAAGUCGGACUUGCUGAUAAGUCGUCUUGCCAUAUUGUGUCAGCAGCAGUAGGAGACAUAAUUCGUCACAGUAUGGAAAGUGCUGGUGGGUUUCGUCAGCAGUGUUAUGAAUUAUUGCAGGUGACUAGCACAAAGGAUGCUGAAAUAGAACUGGAGAGAAGACUGAUGAACAUCAUACACAAAGCAGUAAAAACAGUGCAGGAUGCAAAACACAGUGAAGAGACAAAUACAUAUGAACUGUGGCUGGACAGGAGCUCUCUGAGCUGGGACUCUGUGACAAAGGAACAGGACAGUGAUACUGCAGACAGACGAUUGGUCCAUGCAGGAGACAGGGCAUGAAUGAUCCUGCAGUCUAAUUUGCAUAUUAGACUAUGUAAUACUGAUGUGGCCAAUAUGUUAUGGAUUUAGUAAAAAUAACUGCCUGAGAUCAACCCUAUCAUGGUCAUGAUGCAUAUGGAUAUUGUGUGACAUUAUGGCAAAACUGGCUGUCAGUCACAUUUAGAAAUAUUAUGUGCAUAUUGGAGAGUGAAUUAAAACAUUGGAGUCCAACUUAUGGAUACAAUUUUAAACUAGUUAACUAACUCCUUGGAACAGAGCCCUUCUUGAGAAACUGAUAGUUGCUCAAGUAAUUCUCUUCCUUUUAUAUAACCCACAAUUCAAUUACUAUGUUCACAAGUUACCAAUGGAUCAUACCAUGCGACAGUCUAUGCCUGUCCACAUCUUCACAUUGUGUUCAAUUAAAAUUCAGUUUACUAUCCCAUUUAUGCUUUGAUCUCUUAAGUGGUAUCUUCCAUUCACGAUUUAACUAAAUUUGUAUGCAUUUCUUAUCUCCUACAUGCACACUAAAGCAUUUGCCUGCCUCCUUCCUCCUGAGUCACUACACAGUUCUCAGAAGAAAG